GCUGCUGGAGUUGUCGGUGCUGAUUGUAAAAAAGGGAAGCGACUAUAGUUUUCGACCUGAUUCUUUUAAGAUCUAUUUGGUAUCCAUGCACUUAUGCAAUGAAAACCAAAAUGUAUUUUUGUGACAGGUUGCGUUAAAUUAAAUCAGGGUAUUUUAAUGGUAUGAGCGAAACUCAUUUUGGUUCAGGGGAAAGCAUCUGAACCGUGCGUUAAAGGAUGCCAUUUAUAAUUACAACCGAUUAUAGUGCAUCGAUGGCUCCUCCUGUACCCCCUCAUAGCCCUCUAGCCAACGACUCCGGUGAGGGUAAAGAACGGGUGCUCAAGUGUGUACUACUCGGGGACGGAGCUGUGGGAAAGACGAGCCUAGUUGUCAGCUAUACCACCAAUGGCUAUCCGACAAAGUACGUGCCCACAGCGUUCGACGACUUCUCAGCGGUGGUACAGGUGGAUGGGAACCCAGUGCGGCUACAGCUCUGUGACACAGCAGGGCAGGACGAGUUCGACAAGCUGCGUCACUUCUGCUACUCACACACGGACGCACUGCUCCUGUGCUUCAGCGUGGUCAGCCCCGCCUCCUUCCAGAACGUGUGGGAGAAGUGGCUUCCAGAGAUCCGCCGGCGCUGCCCGCUCACGCCCGUGCUCCUGGUGGGCACCCAGUCCGACCUGCGGCAGGACGUCAAGGUGCUGAUCGAGCUGGCCCGCCGGCGGGAGCUGCCUGUCCCCGAGGCCGACGCCCGCGCCCUGGCCGAGAAGGUCGGCGCCGUGGCGUACGUGGAGUGCUCGGCGCUGACGCAGAAGAACCUGAAGGAGGUGUUCGACGGCGCCAUCACUGCUGGACUACGCCACGCCGAGAAGCGGGCGAGGAAGGAGCUCAAGGUUCACAGCACAGCCAAUAAGAUGAGAAUGCUGUCCAAGUCCUGGUGGAAGAAGUAUGUCUGCAUCCAGUGACACCAAGGGGUGGGGGAGGGGGACUCUCACGCUAACACACAGACUCUUAUACUGGAGCGGUGACAGGAACGCAAGAGAACUACAAUGAAUGUGCUGUCUAAAAAACAUAAGAUUGGAUUGGAGGUUGGCUCCUUAAAAGAUGAUGCUGGAAAGAGCGCUGAAUCAUGGUCAGUUAAUCUUGCAACAGGAAGAUCUGGUCUUCGUGGGCAGAAAAUUAAGAUGUCCCUUGAAAACUUUGUUACACAGUGCAUCUUCUGCCUGCCAUCCGAAAGCUACAUGGUCUAAAAUGAACUUCUGUAAAUGGCAUGGACAUAGACCUAUGGCAGUUGGAGAAUAAAAAGGAUUUUUUUUUAUUUGUAUUUGGGCAUACCUUUAGUUCUUUGCCUCUUUCAGAUCAUUUAGUGAGUACUGCAUUCAUUAUCCAGCUCUUAAACCCUCCACUGCUUUCUUGAGAACAAUGAGUUCAGAGAAUGUAACUUUGUUUCAGUUUGAAUUGUUGAUAAUUCCAAUGGGUUUCAAUUGUGAUACAUCAGAGAACAUGGUGUAAAAGCUUAUCUUUCAUUAAUGCUAUACUAAUAUGUUGUGACUGUCAAACCAUGUUUACCUUGCCUGGCACACAUGUGCCAUCCCAUCUGGGUUGAUCCCUCAUCAGUUCUUAGACAUUCGGACAAGACAAAGGGCUGUAUCAGCUUUGUUGGAGCUGAGAUAGCUAAGUCUCAGACCUUGUGACAAUGGCUUUAUCGAAACCGACCUAGAUGGCAGUUCUUCUGGACUGAUUUUGACUGUUCAUUUCCUGUAAUGACACUGGCCAAUCAAGUCAAUCCACAGCCUCAGUCUUGGAGGCCAGGUGUCCAUUUUAUUUAGGAAAGUCACUUCUGGGUAGGUUCACGCAAUUUUUCGUGACAGUCCCUGGGGUCCAAAUGUUUUAGGCCAUUGGUUCAUAACAUUGGUUGAUUGAAUCUGUUUGAGUGUUUGUAAAUUAAGUGUUAUGUUGGUAUUAAACCUGCCUACUGGAUGGUGUAAAUGUUGAGUAUUUUAGCAUCCGAUCCCCCUGCAACAGAAUAGUGGUGGCAUCAAUGUAACCAAAUUGUUUCUCCCUCCUGGAAAUGACAGGUGAUGUUUAUUUAUUCAUUUAUUUAUUUAUUUGGUUGAAUUCUUGAGAGGAACUUGAAAUUGUUUGUCUGAAAUGUGUGUUCUCUUGGGUCAUUCCAAGAAUCACAAGACCAGCAUGGUUGGUAGAUCUUUUUUUACACUGAACCCAACUACAGUGGAACAGCUGUCUAAAUUCCGCCAGUCACAGUCUGCAAAUUUAAAUCUGUAAAUUAGAAAUGUAUCUAUUUAAUGUGUCCUGCAACAACAUGGGUGCUGAGAUGGAGGGUGGCGUGCAGCUAAAGAGAACUUAUGUGCUAAGACUUGUUCUUAUUAGUACUUCAUUCUUAAUGUUGGUAAGACCCUGUUCUUAGAGUGGGGUGGUCUUUGGUCAUAGCUGCAUGUCCUGUCCUCACUUCACACCUCUUUAAUGUGCAGACAUAGGCCCUGCUGAAGCAACAAGCGUUACAUGACCCAUUACAUACUGUAGUCAGUCACUUUACCCUACUAGUCUGAUUGAUCUGUCCUUCUCACCCCACCUCUGUCUUUUUCUCUCUGUCUGAAGUUUUGGUUUGCUUUGUGUUAUUGGUAUGGCGAAAUCAAUGCUUAUGUUGCCAAAGCAUUAUGCAAAAAUGAUAUAUGUGGCCAAUGACAGUGAUAAUGAAGAACAACAACAAAUUGCGUUCAUUGUUCACUCACCCCCUCAGCUGAUAGCAGGCAGUGACAUACUGCGCCAUCAGUAUACAACCCUCGCCUCUCUUAAGGUCUUCUCUGUCUCUCUUUUCUAUCAUUCUCUUAUUCUCCAACAUGUCAUCUACCCAAGAAAGUAUCCCAGAGCCUUUUGGCCAGGGAACAUUGACCAAGUUCCUUCCCAGCUGACUCAGGGAUUUCAAAUUUUUUAUUCCCUCUGGGAAAUGUAACCUGUUUGUGAUAAUGCAAUAUAAAAUGUACUAAAAUAAAUACAUU